AUGGAGAGAUCAAUCGGUAUUAAGAUACUGGUAUUGAUUGGCAAACUAGUUUUGUCAUGUUUUUAUGGUACAGUGGGCGCUGUAUUAGCUGCUCUUCUUUUUAUUCAACUCGGUCCAAGAAAGUUUUUCCGACGUGUGGAACGACCGAAGCUACCAGCACAAGCAACCGAUCCUGUGCACGGACAACAUGAUAUGAUUAAAUUGAAAUCAUCCGGUGUCUCGUUACAUUAUGUUUCAAAAGGUUCGUCAGAUCAACCAUUGAUGUUAUUUGUUCAUGGAUUUCCUGAAUGUUGGUAUACUUGGCGAUAUCAAAUGAAGUAUUUUUCAAAAAAAUAUAGAGUUGUCGCUAUUGAUCAACGUGGAUAUGGUCUUAGUUCAAAACCGAGUGAAGUUUCAAAUUAUGCAGCUGAUAAACUAGCCCGUGAUAUUGCUGAUAUCAUUGAACAACUUGGUUAUAAAUCCUGUGUUUUGGUUGGCCACGACUGGGGCGCUAUCAUUUCAUGGACUUGUGCUAUGCUCUAUCCUAAGUUAAUCGACAAAUUGAUUAUUCUGAAUGUUCCCCAUCCAGCUGCCUUUUUUGAUGCUAUAUCUUUUAGACAGCUUCGUCGAUCAUGGUAUAUAUUUUUCUAUCAAAUACCAUUUAUUCCUGAACUGUUGUUUAAAUCAAACGAUUUCCAAAUGUUAAAAACAAUUUUUUAUACAAAACCAAUGGGUUUAGUAAAUCAAGAGAACGUGACAGACGAUGAUCUUGAAGUUUUCAAUUAUACAUUUUCUCAAAAAGGCACACCAACAGCAGCAAUAAACUAUUAUCGUGCUUUAGUGAGACAUACGAGAUAUGAUUUACAAAAACGAAUAGACGUGCCAGUAUUAAUUAUAUGGGGUUGCCAAGAUGCAGCACUAGGUGAAGAACUUGCUGAUGCUAGCACGAAUUAUUGUUCUGAUGUUCGAUUAAAAAAAAUUCGAAAUGCAUCACAUUGGGUACAACAAGAUGUGCCCGAUGAAGUUAAUCAAUAUAUGGAAGCUUUUGUCAAUGAAAGUUCGACCAUGAAAUAG